UACGAGAGGUGGUUGAGGGGAACGUGUGCAGCUUUUUUAGAGCUGCUCCGUGGGUGUGUGCGGUGCAUGUGCCACCAUUCGCAGCAGCAGCGCACUCACACGCGCCCGUGCUGGCUGGUACUGAUGCAUCAUGCAGUGCUGCCAGUGCUGUGGUUGGACGAACCACUGCAUGGCAUGAGGGCACCCCAACCACCCUGCUGCGCCUCAUGCUGUCUCUUUACCAUCCCACCACACAUCCCUGCCUCACAGGUGACGCAUCACUUCAUCUACUCCUUCCCCCCACGCCCCAGUGGAGCAGAGGACAUGGUGUGGCGGGCCGUGGCGCGGCGGGUGAGGAGGGAGUUCUCUCCGCGCUACCGCAACAGGCGGGGCCGCAUUCUGCUGGCGCAGCUGGCACAGGCAGGGCUCAACGCGUCUCAUCUCGAACAGCCCUUGCCCAACCGGCCCCCUGUGACCUUCGAUGUAACACUCGACGAUGAAACAAACUAA